UACAUUAUUCUGAAUUCACAAUUUCACUUGGUCUUCGCGAACGUUCUAUUUUCUCAUUAUUCUCUCUUUUUGAUUUAAAUUAAAUUUCAUUGGAAAUCUACAGAAAUGGUAAGUAUAAACCACGUUAACAUGGUUAUCUAUUUUAAAUUUGUACGUUCCAUAUUAUUUGUGUAAUGUUUUUUUGGUUCCUUAUGUUAUAUUAAUUUGUAUAUCGAAUGGGUUUUUAAAUUGUAACAUUAUAGUAAUAUUUAAUCUAUUUGCAUAGGCAUCGAUAGCAACGAAAUUUCGCCCUCUUUUUGACCGAGUUUUGGUAAAACGUUUGGAUGCAGUCAAACAAAGCAAAGGUGGUAUCAUGCUGCCUGAAAGUGCUUCGAAGAAAGUUCUCGAAGCCACUGUUGUUGCUGUCGGACCAGGUUCAAGAAAUCAGGUAUAGUUAGUUAUAAUAAAUUAUUAUCUUGCAUAGUUGUGUGAUUGGUGCAAAAUAUGAUGCCCCCUUGUUAGUAUAGUCAGUGGUAGAGGUCAAGUAAGCUAAGACGGGAUCAAUUGUGGGCCCCAUGUACGUCAAUGUUUAGUAUUUGUUAUAUAUUAAAUAUAUGAGCUAUGUAAUAAUUUUUAUUAUUUUUUAGGAUGGCAAACCAAUUCCAUUAGAUGUUCAAGUAGGAGAUCGAGUAUUGUUACCUGAAUAUGGCGGUACCAAAAUACAAUUGGAUGAAGACGAUUCAUAUACUAUUUUUAAAGAAUCUGAAUUAUUAGCAAAAGUAGACAGUAAUUGAACAAAAAUUAAGUUACAAUUAUAAUGCGACUGAUUAAUUUAGUGGGAAGUAGUUAUAUAUUCACUUAUGUUAAAACAAAAAAAAAAAAUUAAAAAUUCCAAUGUUCUUUUCAAAAUUGUGCUUUUAUGAAUAGAAUGGUUUAUUCUUGUCUUUACAUUAAUUAUGUAUAAUGUUUUUUUAUUAUUAUUAUUAUAAUUUAUAUUUAAAAUAAAAUAGUUACAAUACUCUUAAAAUUUUUUUAUUUUAAGUUUCUAAACAUAUGUUAAGAAACCUUAAAUCCAUGUUGUAUCCAUUCGUUGGUUUAUAUAGUUAACAAUUUUGUUGAUUUGGUUUCUAGAUUUUUAUUAUCUAUUUGUAUAGUAGUUUGGCACGCUUUCAUAGCAUACAUAAUUGUAGUUGUUACCUAGAUAGAUUCAUUUUAUUCAUAUUAUGAGUACAUCUAUAUAUAAUUAUUUAUGUAUCUCAUUUUAUAAAAUAAUGUAUGUUAUUCAUAUUAUGUCAUCUGCAUAUUAUAUUUCAACAUGUAUGUUGCUGUAAUAAGGUGAAGCUGUGAUUUUCUGUCUUUCUCUUGCAUAUGUGCAACAUAGGAAUUCAAAUGUGUUCUAUUUCAAAUUUAUCAACCUGUCUAGUGAUGUGAUGCAAAUUCUGAAAACAUUUGAAUUUAUUGUCAGGUUGAAAUUAACUUUCACACAUUUUUUUAUUUAAUACACCUAAAUCAUACAGAAAUGAAAUAUUUAAAUUUCUGGAGAAAAACAAAAAGUGGGAAAGUCCAUCUCAAGUAUACUUUACAUUUGCUUUAGAAUUUGUGUCACUUCAUUAAAUUAAUUGGUUUGUUAAAAAUAGAACAUAUCUAAAUUCCUGUGUUGUACGUGUGUAAGACAGCCAGAAAAUCACCUUUUCUAAUCCCCUUAAACAUGAGUAUUUUUAAUUUAAAAAAAUAAAAUAAAUUUUGUAAAAAUA